GGCCGAUCGAGCACAUCCGCUCGGUCACAGUUAAACAUCCUGGAGGAAGGUCAGAGAAGCUGUGUGUACCAGAGGUCACAAGAAAGCCGCACGACUAUUGCCAGAGGGGAUACAUAUGGCGUUAUUGGCACAAAAAUAACGCCAUAGCUAAAGUGUGAGCACGCGCUUUUAGCCCAGCACAUAUUCGACAGCUGUGGGCUACCUGCGUUCCUACUUCCGGCCACGUGACCGAGUGGAUUGUUUGAGGUCGCGCGUCUUUCAGAGUUGGCGCGUAUCUUCAGACUGUGAGUGCUGUAAGUUCCCAGCUGAGCACCAAGAAGUCUUCUGCUACGCAGUCUUGUUUUUUAACCGAGAACAUGUCUGACUGGACCAAAGAGCGGCGACGUGAGGAUCACAGCAUCGAGCACGAAAAGAGCUUUGGCCCAUCUCGGUGGUCCCACUGCAGGAAGAGGGGCGUCAAUGGGAGCCUGCGGAGCAACAGCGAGGCAGAUGAUAUUGAUAAAAGAAGGAACGGACACGCCGACUCCAGCUACAAACACCCUGAUCGCAGACAUGCUAGCUUUACUACUCCAGAGAGCACAGGUCCAGUGUCCCGCUGUGGUCAACAGGCUGACUGGGGCAGCCAGGUGGAGGACGAUGAGAUGAGGAGGGAUGUGCACAGAGACAUGCAGCGUUACAGGAGGAGGAUACUGGGGGCAGAAUUCACCCAGAGGGAGAGAAGGGCCUCGUCUGGCUCUUCUGGAAGCUGUGACUCCAGAGAGGGAGAUAACAUGGAAACCGAUGAAGCUGUGUUACUACGACGACAGAAACAGAUCAACUAUGGCAAGAACACGCUGGCCUACGACCGCUACAUCAAAGAAGUUCCUAAACACAUGCGUCAGCCAGGCGUUCAUCCAAAAACUCCCAAUAAGUUCAGGAAGUACAGUCGUCGCUCCUGGGACCAGCAGAUCAAACUGUGGAAGGUCAAACUACAUGCCUGGGACCCCCCUGCAGAGGAAGGCCAGGACAAGACCCUCGAUGUCGUUGAGGAGCUCAACCUUGAUGAUGUAAUGGACAUUGAACUAGAUUUCCCAACCAUUACUGACUCCCAGAACAGCCAGUCCUCGCUGCCGAUACACAGCCUGUCAGUGGAGGAUGAAGACUGCGGUACUCCGGUCAAAGUACAAAGGACAGCAGAGCCUAAUAUGUCAUAGCUUGUUAUUGAAUGGUUGAGUCUUCCCCCCGACAUCGACUUCACACAGUCCACUCAGAAAAACUGCUCCAGCUGUCAGCUAAGAGUCUGUGUGGACACAGCAUCACUCUGCUGUGUCUUUGGCUGGUAGUCAUUGAUUAUACUUUAAUAUUGAGUUUUGUUUUCACCAUAUGUUUCUCCAUCCACAGUUUGGGCCAUUUGUUGUAGUUUAUCUGUUCAGAGUAUUUUAUGGCAAGAUUUUACAUUUUUAAUCAAGCAUGUUUCAGAAUUUGGUAUGUAAAAACCCCCACUUGCUGUACCAGUGAGAGGCAUGUUGGAGUGUGCAUCUAGUUUUGUGCAAAUGUGAGCUUACAUCUCUCAUAUUCUACCUGAGAAGAUUCCAGAUGCAUAGAAACUGUCUGAACUCGGAGGGGUCGUCUUAAUAGUUUAAAGGACGUGGGAAAAUCGGAGACAAUGAUGAGUUAUCCUUGAGAAAUAUUGGGCUGUGGCUUUUUGUUUUCUGUUCUGUUCUGUUUUGUUUUGUUUUGUUUUAAUACAAAUGUAAUUGUUUCUUACUGCUGUAUCUUUAAUAGAACUUGAAAUAAAAAAAACAAAUAAAACAAA